AUGCAUUUUCUUUAUGUCUUCAAUUUUCUGAUUUCAGUGGGUCUGGUAUUAGCCUACGAUUUGCCUGAUAAUUUGCUACAAAUCUAUAACACCCACAAGGCAGGACAAUGCAACAAUGAACUUGGAGGUGGCUUCACCGAUGGGAUCAGUGGUGCUUCUCACAACUUUGUAUAUUGUGGCGAUGUCAGUGGUGCGAUUUAUCUUCACACCGAGGACAACGGUGGUCAAUAUGACAACAUGGACGUGGACUGCGACGGUCUCAGCUUCAAAGGAGGCGAUUGUGGUGAUGAUAACACCGGCCAAGAUGAGACUGCAUUCAAAGAUCAAUUAACACAGUAUGGUAUCUCGGAUUUAGAUGCCAACGUUCAUCCGUAUGUGGUGUUCGGAAAUGCCAAUUUCGAUCCUCAGAACUAUGGAAUGGAGCCCCUCAGCGUAAUGGCUGUUGUGUGUAACAAUCAAGUGAUCUACGGUAUCUGGGGCGAUACUAACGGUGAAGACUCUACUGGUGAGGCUUCCAUCUCUCUUGCUCAAAUGUGUUUCUCGGAUGAUGAUAUCGACGGAGAAAAUGGUCAUGGGGCAGACGAUAUCCUUUAUCUGGGCUUCAUUGGGCAAGAUGCCGUUCCUGGAGAGAGUGCCGAUUGGGGAGGAGGUGAUCGUGAUACCUUUGAAUCCAGUAUCAAGGAUCUUGGCGACAAGUUGGUUUCCGGUCUUCAAGCCUGA